ACGAUUCAGUACCAUCCCAGUUUAGUUCCUUCCUGCUUAGGGGCUGCUUAGAUCAGUGGUGGAGUAGGAAGCUCUGGAAAUCCGCCGCACCUGCUGAUACCCCAUCCCAAAUGGGCAACUACCGAGUGGAAAUUAUCCACAUCCUGCUCUGUCUGACGUUCGAGCUGUUUACGUAUUUCGUGCUGUGUUUUAACCUGAUCCGUACCUAUCUUGGCCAGCGGGAGAUCAAUCUUCCGCUGGUGCCGUGAUCCGUUGCAGCCGUUGCGUCGCGGGUUGAUACACGUGGGAGUUUCUUCCUUUGUGGACAUCACACGAUGUGGCACGAGAAUACGAUCGGAAGGUUUUUAGUGCAAGCCGAUAAGUGUGUAGUGUAGCGUAGAAGUGCAGCAUUAGUGAUGUGCAAGUCACACCCUCGCGUUGAAUCAUCGUGUGGCUGAAUAAAAGUGAAACUGAUGGUUAAUUGAUUGUUACGAAAGAAGAUUUAUUAGCUCGCGAUAAGCAGCGGAAGAGGACUGGUCAAUGUGAAAAACAACAUGAAGAAACAUUACAGUGUAGAAAUAAACAGCAAAUACAACCGAUCGCCGUCCACAAUACUGGACAAGAUCACCAAGCGGUACUCGGCGAUCGGCAGUCGGCUGAUGCGCAAGUCUCCGGCUCGGAAGAGUGGAAUUGCCGAUCCGAUCACCGGGAGCUAUGAUAUGAGCGGGGGUCGAUCGGAUGAUUUCCGGCCGGAGAUUGGCGUUCCUGUGCUUAUCUCCAAAACCAUGAAGUUCGAUUUCGAUACGGAUGUGGACAGCGGCUCACGUUCGAACCGCCCAUCGAAAUCUCCGGAGCCAACCUCGGUCGUUACCCGGUCUACCUCAGAUGGCAGCGAGAACGAUCUCUUCGUUGAUGCCAACAGCUCAUUGCCAAAUUUUAGUGACAUCAAGUUCACGUUUCUGACCGAAAGCAACAACAACUACCUGAACGAGCGCGACAACAAAGAGAACCAAGCCAAUCUGGAGAAGAUUCGUUCGAAGUCCGCUCACAACCUUCAUCAGUCCGAAUAUCGACCUCACCUCGAGAAAACCCCCUCGCUGAAUCUAUCCGCAUUUAGCAACGGUGGUUUGAGGAAUGUCUCGAUCAUCAUCCCCGACAGUCCUGCCGUAGAGAGCAUCUACGACUUCCCUCGCAAUGCCAAAAUUGGUGAUUCAUCACUCGAUCUGGAACGAACCAAUUUGGUCCUGAACGAGAUCAAUCUCAACCUGAUCAGCGAUGCGGACAGCACCCAUCUCUACCACAACCUACCCAACGGUAGUCGCGUUACCUCGUCGAGUGGUGUUGUGACGAGUACCCCUGCCAUGACCCGCUCCGACAGCGCCCAAAGUUUGGCAUCCAACAGCACUCAGGAGGAGGAAUUCAACCUGAAGUCUGCUAGCUUCCAGAGUUUGGACGCACGCCACCUCUUCCUCUCGAUCGAAGAGCUGGACGAAAUCACCCGCCAAAUCAACGAGUCCGACAUCUUCGACGACGCCAACAACGAGUACUGCGAACACCGCAAGCAGCUGCAUCCGAGCGAGCGGCGGCUCACGCUGUUGAAAAACAAAACUGCCAACAAGCAUUUCAUAGACUUCGACAAGAAGAAGGCCAAGCUGACGCGCAAAUGGAGCGGGUUCAAGAGCUGGAUCGGUGAGGAACAGGACCGAAUCAAGGAGGUGGUGCAGAAGCAUGCCGCAAUGCAGCGGGUCGGAGCGGAUCACGACGGCGGUAAGUCCACCGCGACAGCAGGAGGUCAAGGCAAGUCAAGCUCGAAACAAAGCAGCGAAGUUAGCUGCGACUCGGAAACGAGUGGCGUCGAGGGAAGCAGUCUGAACCUGUCGUCGCUGAAUUCGCCGUGUGGUGGCGCCGGCGAGGAGAAAGAGCGAACGCACGAGUCGAUGGAUCGGGACGAGGAGCGCAGGAAGAAGGCGCACAGUGCGGAAAUUUUGCAGGGCCAGAAUGGCUUCGAGGAGAUCCGUCGGUUCGUCAAGCAGGGCGGCGACUUUGGCAAAGAUCUCAUCACAAUCCUGCACGAGCGAAUGGAGAUCGAGCAGAUCUACGCGAAGUCACUCUCCAAGAUAGCCACCAAACUGAACAAAGCCUGUCGUGAUCUGCCCGGAACGAUUGCCGACUCGUGGCGAGCGGUCUCGACCGAGAUCGAAAGCCGCGGCGAAAUCCACCGGCAGUUUUCGAACUCGUUGGCCGACGAGCUGGUGAAACCGUUGAAAACGGUACUGGAGAAUCAGCAUAAGGCCCGCAAAGCGAUCGAGAACAACGUGGACAAGUCGGCCAGGAUACUGGCCGAGUGGAGGGCCGCCGAGCUGAAGGCGAAGAAGGGUUCGCACGCUGCCGCCCGGGAGAACGAAAAGCUCCAGGAUGCGAUGCUGGAUGUGAAACAAAAUCGGAGCCUGUCCCAAAAAGGACGGAAGUUUGCCAGCACUAUAAAAAGACGGAGCUCUCGACGACUGACUCUCAGACCAUUUUAUACAAAGUAUAUCAAAAGCCAAAGACUCCAACGGUCCCCCUCUCUAGGUUUGCUCCACAAAAGCAUCGAUAAGGAAUCCAAAUCGUCGGAGAAGGACAGCUCGAAGCUGGAAACGAAACGAAAAAAGGCCGAGGAUUCGGUCAAGAAGGCCGACGUCGAGUACUACACCCUCUGCAUCCGUGCCGAACGUGCCCGCGUCGACUGGGAGAUGUCCGUACUGCGGGGAUCCUCGAUGCUGCAGGCACUCGAAAACCAACGGUUGAGCCACUUCAAAAACUACGUCUCCAGCUAUCUUCGGCUUGCGUACGAAAUGAACCCACUGCUGUCGAAGAUCGUCGACCGGUUGGGGCCCCAGGUGCAGCUCUGCAACGUCCAGAAGGACCUGGACGUGCUGAAGACCAUCCGGAGGGCAACCGAGGGACCGAGCGAACAGCUGCUGCCCGAUUUCUACUCCGAACACACGACGCUCGCGAUGAACCGCGAACGGCGGAAGCAAUCGCUGGUCAAACUGCUGCAGCUCAUCCGCCAGGACCUGGACCGGGAGCGGAGAUCAAGGAACAGCCUGAAGGGUUUCUCGCAAAGCUUCGAAACGAAUGUGGAGGGCAACCAAAACAUAGCGGAUAAGCUGUACCACAUAAGAUCAAUGCUGACGUAUCUGGAGGGAGCAAGAUAUAAGCUGCAGUCGGCACUGUUCGAGCUGGAUCACAAGCCCCGGUCGAGCCAUCCACUUGCGCAGCAUAUACAGAUUACACGAGACAGAACAGGGCUACAGACGAGUGUGCUGAAGGUUCCACUGUGGCUGAAAAACGAACAGGAAGAGGAUGAUGGACAGGUGUCUAGUACCAACUGCGGUUUGUCCGAUAUUGGCGAGCAAUGCGUGGACAUUAAGAACGACACGUUGAUCAAACACAUGGCUCAGAAGUACGGCAGGGGCAAGACCAGCUGCGAUGAGAGUGAUCACUAUGGCAUGAACAAAUCGAACGGUAACACGAAGACAUCCCAGGUUGAAAACGGCCCAACUUGGGACCGUGGCGUAGCGGAUGGUGUAUCCAACCAGCCAGAUUCAGAUUUUGACGAAUUCUCCUCCCAGGACGAGGAAGAGGAUAGAAACAGUGCCAGCGGAGCGCACACGCCUGCUGAAAAUGGAAACCACCACGCCAGCAAUGGGUACCCUCCGGUAGAGCAGGGGAACUCCGCGGGAACACCCUCCUCAGCAGUGGUUUUGGGUCGCUGCCGAGCCCUGUUUAACUACACACCAAAGCUUUACGAUGAGCUCGAGUUGCAGCCGGGCGAUAUUCUGGAGAUUCACAUCAAGCAGGAGGACGGCUGGUGGCUCGGUGCUCUCCGAGGCCAGGUGGGCAUCUUCCCGGCCACAUACGUGGAGGAAAUUGCUUGAGCAAUGGGAAGAGGGGGGGAAGCAUUUUUGUAAAUAUUAGUUGUGUGCUGUGUGCGAGAGUGUGCAAGAGAGAAUCGAUUUUAGGUGUGCCUCGAAUAAUUUUAGCGUUAUCUUUUAUUUUUUCUCCGCUGUGCAAGAUUCUGAAACACGUUUGGAAAAUGAAAACCUUCGGGAGAUACUUGUUGUGUAAUUUAUUAAUGUUUAAUACGUGUUCGUAUUUGUAAAAAAACAGUUUUAACAUCAGAGCUACAAAAUGUUACGGUCCCAAAAGCAAUAGAAAAGGAAGCAAUCAAAAAUCUGUAAAUACUGAGGUUCGGAUGCAAGAAGAGAACACUAGCGAAUCUAGUUUUGUAUUGUUUCAUAUUUAGUACAUUUUGGAAAGAUUUUAAAGCUUUAUAUACAAAAAAUACAAAAAACGUUAUAUUAUUAGAAAA